ACACAGUCUCAUCUAUAAUUCCGAACAACUAAAGGAUGGCGCAUUUUCCCUUCGCCUCACUUACUCGAGUUGUUUUGCUGUUGGUUUUCAUCUGCUUGACGACGAGUUCAACUGGCGCUGCCUUUUCCAUAGAAAAAGAAUUCCUACAACUGAAGGAAAAUUAUAUUCAAAUGAAACAACUCUUUGAAUCAACAGCGAUUGAACUGCAGGCCAAAGUGACACAACUGGAGGCGCAAGGCGAACUAAAUAAUGAACAAAGACAAGAUUUGACAUUGAAAGUAAAACAAGUAGAGGCAAAGAAUGUCCAAUUGGAAGUCAAAAUAGGAAAACUGGAGGCCAAAGUUGAACAACAAGAUUCGCUUUUAACUUCCCUUUUACGAGAGAAAAAUGAACGCAGAGCAGCAGCAACCGACUCUGUUCCAAUCAUCAAUAAUCAAUCGGCUGUUUCCAUCAACGGACUCCCAUCUUCAUGCGCGGAUCUAAGAGAGAUUGGGCACAACCUGAACGGAAUUUAUUCCGUCAUGGGAUCGGCGAAAAUGGAAUCCGUUUACUGCGAUUUCACUUUACCAACUGACGAUGCGGAUUUUCAGAAAUGGAUCGGAUACGCCGAGGUCAAAUCGGCGCCCGUCUAUUUCUAUGUCCAGAGAAAUUAUAAAUUUUCCGCACAAUCAACUCCGAUCCCGUUCGAUUUGGCGCGGGUGAACGAGGGAAACGCCAUGGAUUUGACAUCGGGAAUAUUCACGGCACCGCGACCGGGAAUUUAUUUUUUCUCUUUCGCGGGAGUGGCGAGUCUUGCAUCUUCAUCGUUGAGUGUUGAUCUUGUUUUUAACAGGAUUCCAAUCGGGGAGAGUGUUGUUACAGAGUUUAACGGCCCCGUUGAUCAAGAGAGUCCGUUGACCGUCCAGUCGACGCUAAACUUGAAAACGGGCGAUCAAGUCUGGGUGGAGAUUUCUUUUUCUGGUUCAGACUCGUAUUUGUCUGACUACACUCCAAUUCACCGGACCCAUUUCACGGGUUUCAUGUUGGAGGAGGAAAUCGCCGCGUCACUUUGAGGUUUCCGGUUCAACAACCAAAAUUCGCAAAAUGAACGUCGACACGAAAUUUUGGGGAAGGGAAUUUUAAGGGGAAAGGGAAGAUAAUUCAAUCGAUUUCAAUUCAUUAAGGGAUGAGUUUCUUUACGAAAAUUUGAACUGUGGAUGUCAUUACACUUACUAAAUACACA